AAUAAAUUACAGUUAAGAGAACUUCAAGAUUUAAUUAGACAAGAUUAUAAGGGAGAACUUGCUGGAGAUGAUUAUCAGGUGUUUUACGAAAUAAUUCAAAUUAGACGGAGUAAUUAUUCAACAAUAAUGUUACACCCGAACACGGGCGCGCUGCAAAAAAUGUAAUCACGUUACGGUCCGUUUCAUAGAAUAGAGCCUUGGCAAAGAAUGCUUUAUAUCCUACCUUUUUCAUAUAAAAGCCGGCUAACAAUAGCAGGAAAACAUUCAAAUCAUCACUUUUGAAGAAACAACAACAAAAUGUUUGCUAAGAUCGCUGUGAUUGCCGCCUGUCUCUUCGGCUUUGCUCAUGCUGGAGCGCUGAGCUCCGGCCUUGGCUACGGCUCAGCCCUCGGCUAUGGCUCAAAUCUGGGCUAUGGCGGGUACGGUAGCUAUGGCGGUCACGGCGCUGGGCUGGGCUACGGAAGUUACGCCGGCCACGGUGGUUACGGAGGACUUGGAUAUAGUGGAUACGGCUUAGCCGGCCACGGUCUCGGUCACGCCACUUCUCACGUGUCUGUGGUUAAGAGUGUUGCUCCUUCUUAUUCAGGCCUCGGAUAUGCCGGUGUUGGGGGUUCAGCCUUAGGCUAUGCUGGCACUCCUGUUGCGACUUCGUACGCUAACCAAUACAGUGUACAUGGCUCUCCCGCCCACGGCUAUGGUUACGGUGCGGGAGGUUACGGUGCGGGUUACGGAACCGGUUACGGAGCCGGUUACGGUGCUGGUGGAUAUGGCGGUUACGAUCACGGUACCUACGGACACGACUCCUAUGGACAUGGUGGCUGGUAA